GCGAGAUGAAAGAAGUUGAAGGCAAUAAAGUAAUGUAUACAGUUUUAGAACUUGGUGGAAUGGAUUUAUUCGAUUAUUUUGAUAAAGCAAUUAGGGUUGGACGCUGUUUAGCAAAAGAAAAGGCAAACGAAGAUUUCCUUGUUAAAGUUUUUAGAGGAGCUGCUCAGGCACUUGAACAAUUCCAUAAAUGUGGGGGAUAUUAG